UAAUUUAAUAUCACUGUACACGUUGUUGUUGUUGUUGUCCUUUCACGUGUAAGCUGACAUUAUAAUUCCCGAAAACAUUGUUGCCGUCGGUUGUGCAAUCUGGUUACCUACAUACAUACAUACAUACAUAUAUGAAUUUGUGUCUCUACAACUGCCACACAAAGUGAAUUGGUGAGAAGAAAGAGCAAAAACAAAAAACAACAACAGCAAAUAAACUACGCACAUUUCCCUUUAGCUACGCGUACUCUGCCAUAAAGGUUUUUGCGCGCCUCUUUAACGCACUCUACGCAAUAAAAUAACCACUUUGAAGUUUAAACGCCGUUAAGAAAGACGUUCUUACAAAUCGAAAGCAUAGAAACGCAAAACCGAGAGAUACUCUUUUCCUUCACUUUGUUACUCAACAGCCGGAAAUAUAGCGGAUAUUAACAGUGCGUUUCGUGUAAGCAAUUCUGGUUUGUUUGUUACGCAUCGUCCUCGCUUUGAUUAACCAACGGGAAUUUUGUGUCUGGUGAUUUGGUUUCAAUAAGUUUUGGUGCUAUAAAGUAAAAACCUUCCUUAUGAUCGGAUCAUUUUGGAAUUUGUGUAGAGCGUGCCCAUCAAUGCCGGUCGACAAGCAGCUCCAUUCGGAGUAUCGGAGCACUUAUCGCUGGCAUGAGUUCACAGGGAAUUCGCGGCCAGAAGUGGUGCGUCGUGCGCCAGCACCCAAUCCAAGUCAAUUUAUCGCCUCAUUGACAGGUCCAACGAAUGAGCCACCAUUACCCAGGCGGAAAAAAUGUCCAGAAUUGGCAUACAAGUCGCACGAAUUUAUUAUCGGUUCGGAGUAUACAGGCACGAGAGGUGGACAUGCCGGUGCCAAUCGGUUAGCCAGGUCGGAAGAGCGUGGUACACCAUCGCGUCGAAGCAAAUCUGAGGGACCCCCAGCUGUACCCAAUGGACGUGCGUAUGCCAUACCAGAGGAGGUUGAUGGACCGGCUAAAAAACAGGCGGGUGAGUCAAAUGGCCUAUUCAAAAAGACCAUCUCAAAAUUGAGCACAGAAUAUCGUUUGCAAUUCGUUUGGCCCAAUGUCCGACGAAUAAAGGGCAUUGAGGCCGGCGAUGCGGCGGAUCACCCCAGAAAAUCAAUAUCAAUGGGGGCGCUCAAAGCUAACCAACAACAACAGCAACAGCAGCAACAACUGCAUCUCAGGCAACACCCACAACCGGCAAUGCCAACAGUUCAUAAAAAACGUACAACAAAUCAGAAAGAAGCUAAACUACAUGAGUUGGAGCCGCUGGUUAGCGAUGCAGAAGAAAGCAAACCACAAGAAAAACAAGUGACCAUUGUCGAGAAGGUCGAACGAAAAGCGACUAUACGCCCAUUCUCGCAAACAUUCGACCAAGAACGCAUCAAUCACUUCAUAACCAAGAAGGAGAAUUUCGGCUUUGAUGAGAACAAGGGCGGCGUUGGUGUGGACAAUAAGCAACAGCAGCAGUCGGAACAGGAAGUGCUCUUGAAUGGCACAGCACCGCCACGUUCGCAGCCGAAUUUGGAUUUGUGGUUCAAAGAAGUGGUCGAACUGCGUAAGAAGGCCGGCGAGUACAAGUGCCGCGGUUGGGGCAUAGAAAUCGAUCCGGAGCUGUAUAAGAAGCAAAAGGACCUUUGGGAGCAGGUGUCUAAGCGCAGUUCACUGUCUGCCUUAUCAUUAGCAUCUUCCGUGCAUAGACCUAUUACUAAGGAGGAGAAGGAGCAGGAGAAUAAUAAAAAAUCCAUACCAUUAAGUAAAGCCACACAAAAAACUCGAGUUCCUGGUCAUGCCCAUUUGCUUGAUAAUAAAGAUGAGAUUUCCGCACUGCCAGCUCGCUUUAGCAAUAUACGUCAUCAUUUGGAGCGCACCACUGGUCCUGAUGUUGAGGAGGGUGCACUCCUGCCAUCGCCCACACGCGAAAAGCUAAUGCCGGCAAUCACCAAACGUGAGUCCGAAUCACAACGCGGCAGCCCCAAGAAGACGGCCGCCUCACGACAUGGCUCACCACAAAAGGGCAGCCCACAAAAGGGCAGUCCCAAGAAGGUGAUCAAAACGCGUUCACAAUCCGUUGGUCCGGCCGAGCAUGUCUCGCCGAAACGUCAACUACGCUCUGCCAGUACAGCGCCUAGCGCCCGGCUAACGGCUAGCAAGAAGACACCUGCUGUAGCUCAUCAUGCGACAAGCGCUGGAACGACCGCAAGCAGAGCUGCCGUCGAACGUAAGCCACGCCCAUCCACCCUAUCCACCACACUCCAUUCACGUACAAAGAGUAGUUCCCUACCACCUCCUAGUGGCAGAGCUCAGUCAGUUUCUGCUACUGCAGCUACCACUACUACUACAACAACCACAGCAGCUGCAAAACAGUCGAAAUCCACGCACGAACCGACAAAAUACUCAAAGUCCAAUCAGCUGUGUAAAAACUUUACACAAACAGCAUACGGAAUGCCGUUAUUGCGCAAGAAAGAUAAAGACAAGACAAAUUUGAUAAAUCUUGGCAAUAGUAGAGCUGGUGAGAGUCGAGCUGUCAAAGCGCGCCCGAAGUCCACUGGCGCUGCCAUAAAUGUGUCCGGUGCAAGUGGUGGAAAGCCCACAAGACCGGUUUCGCUUACAGAGGUCACACUGGUGCCAAGUAAGGCAGCUACAACAACAACGGCGACAGCGACUAAAGUCGCCACUGAUGCCGCGAAAAUCGAUGCAACAAAAACAAAAUCAUUGGCAAAAGAAUUACAAAGCAAUGAAGGAAACAAAAGAGCAGCAACAACAGCACAAGCUGAAGCGCUACUCAUAGACAAGACUGCCGAAGCGAUGCAAGCGAAAUGCAAGGAAACUGUAAUGGCACUCAAAACGGCAGAUCCCAUGUUGACUAGCGUGUUCGGCGCGCUACCAAAUGUUGGAGCUGGCAAGGAAGAUGUCUCCAAUCUCAUGACCGCCAGCGUAUACGGCCAAUUCGGUGGCAUUCGUGUCACUGCUGAUCCCAUGUUGACGAGUGUAUUUGGUCAAUUGCCUGCUGGUAAGGUUGCCGAUGGCGCUGCACUGAAUAUUGCCAUUGGUGGUAGUGGCAGCGGUGGUGGUGUUGAUGUUGGUGGUGGCGUUGGUGUUGGUUUGGUUGGUGGUGCUGGUGGUGGUGUUGAUGUCACAGCGGUCAAAACCGUUGAGCCAGUAAUGGCCAAAAAUCUCACCCUGACUGGCUUAACGGUACCAUAUACGCGGGAUCAUAAGAAAUUCGGUGAAAACGAUGCUGAUGAGGGACGCGAUACUGCUAUAUCUGUGUCGAGUUGCAGCCCUCAGCCAGCGCCUGAAAUACCUGAUGAGCCUAUUGUUAAAUCGCCACCAGAGCCUACACGCGUCAAAUCGCCAGAGCAGAUAUUAAUGCGCUCACCGGAUCCGGUCAAUUGGACCGUGCCAUUGGAUACAGGGAAAACAUUCACUGUUACGCAGAAUGUGAAAGAGGGUGAAAACUAUAGUCGGCCACAGAGCGAAAUAAAGGCUUCGACUCCGGUCGAGAAGCCACCACCACCACCACAGUCGGCACCGCCACAAUUAACAGAACAGGCUAAAAUGGACGGUAAGCCUUAAAGUCGCUUCUUCACAACAAAUAAAGAAAAAUUUCAAAAACGCUAGCAAACUUAAGCCAAACCAAAAACAAACUCUCUCUCU